CCUGGCAAGUCUAGGUAUGUACCAAGGCAUCAUGGGGACUCAAGCCUACCAGUGUGUAUUUCUGGUGUCAUGGCAGAGGCUUGUGACAGUCACUGCGGGGCCAGUACAGCCUCUUCCUGGCACCAGGGUUGAGAUUUCACACUGGCAUUGAGUCCUGCCAGGGCCAGGGCUCUUGUGAGAUGGUGCCUGCUCCCAUUUGACUGGACCUUGCAUCCACCAAAUUGCUCCACAAAACGUCUGGGAAACCCUCUUCAAGCUCUCCCUUCCUCUUUGCUUUCCUAUCCUUAGCUGACCCCACAUCAGGAAGCAAAUAGCCUCAGCAGAAGUUGGGUGUGAGCACAAGGACGAGACAGGCCCAAAGUCAUCCCAGCCUUUUCUCCACACAUGGACCACACAUGGCACCCCACAGAAGAGAUAGGCCUGGAGCAGGGCAGUGCCCCUAGAGCCUCCACUCUGGAUGGCCAUUGCUGCUCUACUCUGCAGCCUCUUCUCCUCCUGGGGAUAUGCAACACCAGCACCGGAGCUCCUGCCUGCUCGACAGAUGGCUACCACUAACCCACACUUGUGUACUCCCAGGAAGCAGAGGCCCAACCGUAGGCUGCUGGCAGCCCCUUGCGCCAGAUAACAGGACUGAAGUAUGUGAUCACUGCUACCAUGGAGGAAGUGCAUUCCCCAUUGCAAUCGCCACACAAAGCCACGGCCAGCAGCCCUGCCAGUUGUGCAGCUCUUCCAUCCCCCCCCCUCCUGCAGGAACCCCUGUCCCCGCCAGCCCAGGGGUCGCCCGAGGAGGUGCCCCCCGGUGACGGCGAGAAUGAGCCUGCCUUCAACGGGGAGCUGGACCUGCAGCGCUACUUCAACGGGCCGGAGCUGGGGGUGGCCCCCGGGGCCGGGCGCAAGGCUCGGCCGUUCCCCUGCGCCGUGUGCGGGAAGCGAUUCCGCUUCAACAGCAUCCUGGCCCUGCACACCCGCAUCCACGCUGGCGAGACCCCCUUCUUCACCUGCCCCUACUGCGGCCACCGGGCUGCCCAGCGCAGCCUUCUGCGUCUCCACCUGCGCUCCCACCACCCCAAUGCCCACGCCCGCCUCAGCCACCAGAGCCGCCUGGUGCUGGAGCUGGAAGAGCGGGCACUGCUGCGGCGGGGCCCAUCAGCUGCCAGCGAGGGUGAGGAGGAGGAGGAAGAAGAGGAGGAGGAAGAAGAGCCUCCCCCGCCCCCCGCGCCUCCACCCCCGGCACCCCAGCCUCUCCCCCCGCCGCCCCCGCCGCUGCCCCCUGGCUUCCGCUGCCCCUUCUGCAAGGGCAAAUUCCGGACGCCCGGGGAGCGGGAGCGCCACCUCCGCAUACUCCACCAGCCCUACAAGUGCGGGCAGUGCCCCUUUGCCGCAGCCCAGGAAGGCGAGCUGCAGCGGCACGGGCAGGAGGCUCAUGGGGCUCCCCAGGCACCGGCCCCCGCACCCUCGCCUCCUGCGGCUCCUGCUCCAGCUCCGGCGCCGGCGCCAGCACCUGCUGAGUUUCGGUGCCAGGUGUGUGGGCAAGCCUUCACCCAGUCGUGGUUCCUCAAGGGCCACAUGCGCAAGCACAAAGACUCUUUCGAUCACAAGUGCCCCGUGUGCGCCCGCUGCUUCAAGGAGCCGUGGUUCCUCAAGAACCACAUGAAGGUGCACCUCAGCAAGCUGGGCCUCAAGGGCGAGCGGGGAGCCGUGCCGGAGGUGCCGGGGGGGCUGCUGCUGGGCUACGAGGCGCUCUACCCCACCUUCCUGCCACCUGUUACUGCUGACAAGGCUGAGGCCAGCUCCUUCCUUGGCUACGUCGAGCUGCGCCCGCCAGGUGAUGCCAGCUGUGCUGAGCGGCUUCACGCCACUGCCCGGGCAGUGGAAAGCAGUCAAGAAGCGGCAGCCCAGAUGUGGGGGGAGCGGGAGCGCCAGUGGCGCCCCAGGGGCAAGGAGGCAGGGAAGGAGGGCAGCCCUGGUGUGGACGGGGGACACCGCUGCCCAGAUUGUGCCCGAGCCUUUGCCAGCCACCAGCAGAUGGCUCUGCACAGCCGGAGCCACCAGGACGGGGAGUGGGCCAGGGGCCAGGUGCUGGGAGCACUGGCCUCACUCCAUGCUGCGGCGGGACAUGGGCUCGCCACGGACAGCAGGGGCGCCUCCAGCGUGGGGACAGCCGGGGCCACGGCCCUGCCCAGCCCAGGGAAACAGGAAGAGACCAGGCUGUGCUUGGGACCUCUGCGCCCAGAGGGGGGGCGCAGCAUCUCUGGCAAGGACUGUCCGUACUGUGGCAAAUCCUUCCGCUCCUCCCACCACCUCAAAGUGCAUCUGCGUGUCCACACGGGCGAGCGUCCGUACAAGUGUCCCCACUGUGACUACGCCGGCACACAGUCCGGCUCCCUCAAGUACCACCUGCAACGCCACCACCGAGAGCAGAAGAGUGCCAACGCUAGCGCUGGUGGUCCCCCAGAGCUACGGGGCCGUGCCACAGCCAAGGCAUCGCCCUACCUUCCCCUGCAAGCAGCUGACAAGUACCAGGGCAUCUUUCUGCCACAGGCCUGGGGUGCCAGUCACGAGCGCGGUGGCCGAAAAGGGGCCUGCGCUAACCCAGUGCUACGGAACGGUAGGGCCGACUUUGAGCCGCUGGACCUCUCGCUGCGGCCGGCGCUGGAGGGCGCGUCCACUCUGCAUCGCUGCCUCUUCUGCCCUUUUGCCACCUCGGCACCUGAGCUGAUGGCCCUGCACCUCCAGGUGCAUCACAGCCGCAAGGCCCGAGGGCGCCGCCCCACUGUAGCGCCCUCCUCCAGGUCCUGUGCCCACGAGGAGGUCAACAGUGAGCUAGGACUGCCCACUGAGGGGUCAGCGCUCCUGGGCCCCCCCAGCUCGGGGAGGGACGAGGAACAGCUCCUGAAGCAUCCCGAUGAGGGACCGGGACUUGGGGAAGAGCCACCGAGUGCCACACACCGAGGGGAAACCCCACCAUCCCACAGAGCCCCCCUAGCCAUGGGACCAGGCGAGACGCAGGAAGAGCAGGGGCUGGGACAGGCUUGAGGCUGGGCUGAGUGAUGGAGCGGUGAGCAGGGCAUCCUGCUGCCCUUCACGGGGCCUAGAGACCUAGUGCCCAGGAGCAGAAGAAACCCAACCCACUCUACCCCCCAUAGGGUGCCAGGUGGAGGCAGGGGCCAUAGUGUAGAGGUUAAACUAACAGCAGUCAGGCAGGGAGGGGAGCUCUCUAGGAGAAAGGUAGAGGCGUGCCAGGGCAGCAAUGAGCCAUGGGGAGGGGAAAGCCCCAGAAAGGCAUACCCAGGGCCAUGGGGGAGUCCAGCGUUUGGGGUAGAGUCCCCCAUACCUCCUGGACCUCUCCACCUGGCUGGUUCGCGGGGGCUGUUCCCGGGUGCUCUGCGCCCUGCCCCUGCAGGGGGGUUUGCCCCCAGGAGCUGCAUUUUAUUGUUCUGGUGUCUAUAACUGAUUCUGUUGUUGGUACCAGUGUUUCUGGCACCAGGAAUGGGCAGGUCAUGGGUCCAUGCAUCUCCAAGCUGUGGGCUCAUAGGUGCACCAGGCCUCCUGUGCACAGACAGACCUGUACAGGAGCACCCGGGCCAUGGGAUGAGUGUCUGUGGUCUCUAUGCCACAGGAAGGGGUCCAUCUGGGGAUACGUGGCAUGAAGAAGGGGUCUGUCUCAGGCCUCUGUGCCACAGGACGGGGUGUGCCUGCGGUUUCCAUGCAUGGGUGCGUGUCCACCCGUGGAAUUCAUGCUGCAGCGUGGUCUCUGUGGCCAUCAGUGCUAUGGUCUCAACUCCACGAUCAGCAGGGCCGUGGCCUCAUCCGCAUGCUGAUCAUUGCCGGGUCCUCAUUUCCAGGGCAAUGUUUGCCAUAGCGGUCACCGUGAUGAUUGGUGUGGUCCCCCACCCACGCCAAUCCAUGCCAUGACCUUGUCUCCAUGAUCACCAGUGCUCUGCUCUCAUCUCUGUGGCAAGUCGAUGCCGGGGCCUUGUCUCUGUGAAGAUAGUUGCCUUGACGAUCUGUAGAGUUCUCUAUUUUUUUUAUUCUUUUCUUGUAGAAAAGUUGAAACUGGAAAUAAAGAUAAAAACGAAAACAAAAACAA